AUGAAGCUUGUGCAGAGCGGGGCACCAGUCAGGCGGGGUACAAAAAUCAGAACCUCUUGCACAUCUAACAGACCCGAUCUACAUCCACAUCCACUUUACAUCUACAUCUACAUCAUGGGUCACGCUUCCUGCCCCAAGUGCGGUGCCGCCACUGACGGCGCUGGCAAGAGCUGCGGCUCUUGCGGUGCUACCUGCCCCGUUUAA